CAUUUUCAUUCUUCAAUCGAUUAACCACAUAUGAGUUCAAAUGCGAUGCGCCAAAGUAAAUACCUCUUGGGAGAAGCGAUGAAACUGUCUGCUCAAAAAACAACGACGGUGACAGCGGCUAAUGCCAGUGGGAAGAAAUUCGGUCAGGGAAAGCGUUUCGCAGCACUUGUCGGAGCUGCUGGUGUAGGAGCCGGUUUCUACGUAAAUACUCAUUUGGAUGAUUUCCCGGGAGUGAAAAAGUUAGUCGGAAAGAUGGACGAAACGCAGUUGUCAUCAGCAAGUAGUGCGAAGACCUUAGUGAAAUCAGUACAUGUUCCCGAGGCGGGGAAUCCCCCUGUUGUUGUGGAGAAACCAAUUCUCGGUCGGCUUGCUGAAAGCGGAGAUGAGGUUAUUAAGGAACCCGCGGUUGUGCAUAAGGAAGUUGCGGAGGAGGGGGCUGAGCAGCAAACAGAUCUGCCAACUGCAGUGGACAGCUCUUCGAAUGAGCCUCUGGAGAGCAACGAUGGUUUUACGCAUGGACAGAUGAAUAUUUUGGCUAAAGACGAUGAAGUGACGAUUGAGCAAAAUGAAGUCUCUGGUGAAGAGGAAAGUCUGCCAGCAGUCAAGGGCUCGGGAGAAGAAGACACGCAGGUGGCGCAGAAUGGAAAUGAUCGAGUAUCAGUUGAGGAGAGGGAAAUCAUCCCGGCUGUCAUCACGCUGGAGGGAGGGCCGCCCGAGAAGGAGGAAGAGGAGGAGGAGGAGGAGCCUGUGGAUCUUGAUACCCGAGAAGGAGUUAUGGAAUUACAGCGACGUCAAUGUCGCGGUCUCUCAGCAGAGGAGUUGAUAAAGAAAAUUGUAGACUUGACUGGUAGGAGAUUCGAUGAGGCGGCGCAGGUGGCGAAAGAGAUAGAAGGAGUAGAAGCUGAAGCGGAGGAGAAGGCUAGAGCUCAUUAUGAGGAGGAGUUGAAUAUUGUCACUGAUCAAAUGGCGGAUAUGAAGUUGGACUACUUGGAGAGGAUAGACUCUAUUAUGGCUGAUCAUGCGGGCGAUAUUGCUAGUAUUAAGGGAGAAGUUGCAGCGUUGGAAGUUGCCCUUGACUCUAUCAACGAAGAUAAGGAAGCCGCUAUGCAUGUUGCUUUCGAUAGUCAAACGGCUCUGUCCUUGUCGAUGGAUCUAAUGCAUGAUGAGGGCGAUGUUCGCGGCGUCAUCGAAGAACUUACCAAGUUGCCUUCUAUUCGUCCCGAGACCCACAAGGCUGUUCUGGGCACACUUCCUUCGCCGUUGCCUCCUGUUUAUAGCGCUGGGGUGCUCAAGGUCCGCUUCGAGCGACAGCUUCCUCGUAUGGUGACCUCGGCGUUCAUGCCAGAGAAGAGCAGUAUGAUGGGAACUGUCAUGGCUCGUAUUUUCGCCUCCCUCUACCGGUUGGAUCGGAACGAUGCUGAUGAGUUGAGGGCAGAGGGAGCGCAAGAUGCUCCCGAGGAGUUUUAUCGCUCGUCUCUCUUGCCUUUCACAGACCCUACAUCAAAGAACCUCAAUAGCAUAACACGGGCGGCUCGAUGCAUGGAUAGAGGCGACCUGGUCGGUGCCGUUCGUCAUUUGAGAGCUACGAGCGGGAAAGCUCGAGAAACAAUUGAUGAAUGGCUGAGCGAGGCGGUUACCACGUUGGAAGUCUGGCAAGCCGUGGAUGUCAUCCGAGGCGAUUUCGAUUCAGUAAUUGCGAGUCAUCUGUGA